AUGACAUCAAACAAUUCCUAUGAAUAUAUCGAUAGAGCGAACAUUGAUGAAAAGCUGAUAUGUGAACUUUGCCAUAAUCCUUUUAUUGAUCCAGUUGUGACUCAAUGUGGACGUACUUAUUGUGGUCAAUGUAUUGAACAAAAGAUAGAAAUUGGUUUACAUUGCCCAUCACAGUCAUGUUAUCAAUUACUGAGCGCUGCUCAUUUGGCACCGAACCCUACACUGCGUCUUAUUAUCUCAAUGCUCGAUAACCUUAAAGUUCGAUGCCGACUUUGCGGCGAAACCAAUAUAAACAGACGAAAUUUUGAUGAACAUAUCCAGGAAAGUUCUCCUGAACAACGAAUAGAUUGUGCAGGGAGGAAUGUUGGAUGCCCGUGGUCCGGACCAAGGAAUGAACAUAGCGAACACACGAAAACGUGUUUAUUCGAAAAAUUAAGACCAAUGACUGAUAGCUUGCAUAAGGUGAUUAAAAAGCAAAGUUUAGAUAUAGAAGAGCUCCAAAAGCAAACAGAACAACAAAAGACAGAAUUCGGACAAAAAAUUAAAACACUUGAAAAAGAAAUCAACACACUUAAAAGCUCAAUGAAAUUUCUAAGUAGAUCUAUCUAUCUGUGA